AUGAACAACAUGAUGCAGAGGCUCAUGCAGGACCAGAAUAGGCAGCAGCAGGACCCGAUCCCGAACAUGCAGUACUUCGCACCCGGUGGAGGUCAAGCGGGGGCAACCACCAUGGGCCAGGGGCCUGCAGCAGGAACCCAGGCACCUGCAGCAGCAACCCAGCAGGCACCCGCAGGGGCAUCUGCAUCGGUCCAGCAAACAGCACUUGUGGCGGCAACGAAUGCAUCAGCUGGUGUCUCGCCGGCAGUGCAGUUGGAGAUGAGUGAUCCUGAAAACGACGAGGCCGACGAGGCAGAAGUGUUGAGGCAGGCUGGGCUCGUUGCAGAUGCAGUCAACAAGAAGAAGGGGAUUCUUAAGAAGCCUGCAGGCUUGCCCAAGGCAAAGGCAAAGGCCAAAGCCCAUGCCAAAGCAAAGGCAGCCAGUAAGGCCAGUGCAGUACUGAAGGAAGUGGCUGCAUGCCCUGAAGUCCUUGACUCAGCCUCCCGGCGAGGCAUCAAAAGGGCACGGGAUUCCGAGCUGGAGGCAGAGACUCCUCAUGGCCCUUUGGUGGCCAAGAUUACAGUACCUGUGGAGGUGAAGAGCCGAAAGGCAGCUGGAGACGAGGAGGUGAAGAUCGUGCCGACAGAGCUGCCGAUCCUCAACCUGAUGGCAUGGAUAUGGCAUGUUUGCCAGUCCAUGCCUGGUGUAGCUGCCUUUUUCCAAAGGCAGCUAUCGAAGUACCCGUGCACAGCAACCAGCCCAUGGCGCAUGGCUUUAUACAAUGAUGAGAUUAGUCCUGGCAACCAGCUAAAAGCCAGCAACACCAGGAAGAUCCAAGGGUACUACCUCAGUUUUCUCGAGUUUGAUGCUGAAGGCCGAUGCCAAGAAAACCUUUGGUUUCCUUUGAACUUGACUCGGUCUUCGGUGGUGAACAAGAUCCAAGGCGGGCUGUCUGCACUCACCCACAUUCUGGUCUCCUCGGAAUCGUUCCUGAACCUCCAGUCGGGCUGUUUGCUGAACAUGCCAACCGGGGAACGGGUCAUGUUCUUCGCGAAACUGCAUACUGUAGUUGCAGACGAGGCAGCUUUGAAGUCUAUGUACGACUUCAAGGGCUCCAGUGGGACUUUGGUUUGCCCGCUAUGUGCCAACAUAACAAGCAAGACCCACGGUGAUCUGCCAGCAAAUGACCACUCGGGAGAAUUGCAUGACAUAUCAUGCAUCGACAGCAAUCUGUUUGUCCGCAGAACCGACAAUCAGAUCUUCACUGCACAGGCACUGCUGGCGAGAAGGCAACCCAUGCUGAGCAAAAAGGAUUUUGCCUUGCUGGAGUCCAGCAUGGGGUUGAACUUUAACCCAUCUGGAGUGCUUGCUCACAAAAGCAUGCCGCUUGUGAAAUGCUUGAUGUGGGAUUGGAUGCAUUGUUAUGUGGUAAGCGUCCUCCUGCACGUGGAAGCGAGCUUACUCUUGCCACUCUUGCAUGUGCAGGGUGCAACAUUUCAGGUGAUCCAGAGCUUUAUCUCAGAGUACGAAUGGCCUCACAACCUGAAGAACCGGAGAAGAGAAAUCUUGCAUUUGUUCGACAAAAGGAGCAAACCUUCUGAGUUCAAGGCCGGGGCUUCGCAGUGCAUCACUGUCUAUCCCUUGCUGCGGCUUUUCUUGCUGACUCAUCACUUUGACACAAUGGACGACGAACUUCGGCGAUGCAUCAGAUCCUUUAUGAAGAUUUGUAUGGUUCUCGACCUCCUGCUUGAAUGCAAUCGGACUGGGAACCUGUCGGCGGACGAGCUCGAGAAUGCGAUUCGGGCCCAUAGCCAAGCUUUCCUUAAAGCAUAUGGAGAGCAGCACUGUAUACCGAAGUUCCACUACAGCCUCCAUCUUCCCCUGAUGGCUCGAGACAGGCCUCUCAUUUCGUGCUUUACACACGAACGAAAGCAUCGGCAGGUGAAGCAGUUUGCUGACAACACGAAGAAAGUGACCGAUUGGUUCGAAGCUUCACUCUUUAAAGAUGUUUUGGGCAGGGCCCUUCUGGAUCUGUCUGAGCAUGCUGGCUUCAUGCGGCCCCAUUUGAAAUCCCCCAAGUCUGUCACUGAUGGCGCUUUGCUGUGGCACCUGGGGCAGACAUUCGGGUUUCAGACUCUUGAGCAUGUGCAGUCGGCCAUGCUGGCCGAGGUCUGCCCAGGACAGACUUGCGAGAGGGGUGACCUGGUGCUGCUUAAGACGGGGUCCGUUGCAGAGGUGUGGUUGUUUUGCCGGUUGCAGCAUGGCGAGCUCCUGGCUCUGUUGAGUGUGCUUGAGCCACAAGGGAAGAAUCUCUUCCGGGUCAAGCAGGACGGAGCCCAGUUCAUGCGAGUGGCCGAGAUCAGUCGAACCUGCCUCUUCAAACGCAUGAGUGCAGACAGCAUGCUGGUCGUGCCAUAA